ACUUAGCCAGAUGCAUGUGGAAACAAGUGGUCUGUUUAUAUUUUAGAAUUAAGUGUUUACACAGUGCAUCUUAUAUUUUAUAGAAGUUUAUAGAUACUAUGGAAUAAGUAUGAUCAAUCAUAUUCGUUGUGGUAUUGUUUACUUAACAUAUUAUAUAUUUAAUCAGUUUACUAAAUAGUACUGUGUUUAUGUUCCGCAUUGUUGUAUUGGUGGUGUGAUUGUAAGCGGACGGAAUUCCCGCAAGAGCGAAGAUAGUAAGUAAGACGCACUUUCGUUAUAUGUGACAGGUAACAAUUAACCCUUUAAUUACAUUUGCCACCGAAGCCAUUCAGAGCAAAGGAGCAUAUUUUUGUCGUAACUACUGCGAUGCCAUUGAAGCCAAGUCCGAAUCAACGAGUGGUCGCUUGUGUCGGAGCCCUAAUAAGGCUCAGGGCGUUAUUAAUCUGACAGUAGCAGCCAACAGGUUUCUAGAUUGUACCAUGCUGGCAUUCAAAGAAGAUGAAUUCCGUGAGUCGGCAGUGAGAUAUGAAGGCGACAUUGAGCGGGAGAACCUGCGGUACUCAAACAACACCGACAACAGCACUUCGGACCUUUCCGAACAGUACAUGGUUGCUGCUUCUGGUGAAAUUGUAGAAAUUAGUGCGACACAUUACGCACCGCAGUCUGACUCUUUUCCUUGCGAUAUCAUCUCCGUCGAGAAGAAGCCCCGACCUCAAUACAAGCCGUCACGACCUCUACUUCUUCCGCCUUGCCGGGUGUGCGGGGACAGAGCUUCCGGUUUCCAUUAUGGCGUGAAUACAUGCGAGGCAUGUAAGGGUUCAUUUCGGCGAAAUAUUUGUAAAACAGAGCCGUAUGUGUGUUGUAAUGGAACACAGGACUGUCGGAUCGCUCCCGGGAAGUGGACGGCGUGCUCUCACUGCCGCUACAAGCGCUGUCUGGAGGUGGGCAUGUCAAAGGGGGCCAUCAAAACCGGCAGGUACACGCACGAACUGCGCUCGAAAAAUACCCUCGAAGUUAAAAUGUUGGAAAAGCAGAACGGUGGCGACACGGUGGAGGCAGAUAGGGUUCAUGAUGUGUCAUCGUUUCUAAGUAAACAUCCCGAUGAAGACGGCGAGAGACUCGACAGUAUUCAGAGACUGAUUCUUGAGGAGACAUGCGGUGUACUUGUGUCUGCUCAAAAAUUUCUCUUCGAAUCCCUGGACGAAUAUUUUCAAGAAGAUCUCAUGCUCAAGCGACAAAAUUCGGUCUUUGAAAGUAAUAUAAUUUAAACUGAUAUCUGCUUUAUAUUAUUGUUAUACGUGUUUUGCUAUUUCCAUCAUCAUUAUCAUCAUCAACAACAACAACAACUAGAACACAAUCAGCAAUUUGAUGGUACAUUAUGUAAAUAUCAUACGUAAAAUAGGGGUACAUGAAAUGCUUCACCCUGAGGAGAGUAAUGUCUUUCUGGGUUGCACAUUUAUCUUCGAUUGGUAAUAUUAACAAUAAAUCGGAAAAUGUCUAUCAAUUUUUUUACGCAAACCAAAAGAACGUGUAUAGAUGUUGCAGAUGUUGAGUUUUAAUAAUUGCCUUAUUAUUUUGCUAUACAAAAAAUAUUUGAAAACUCGUGCUUCUUUUUUCGUCCCAGGCGAGGGAUAUCUUAAAUUUAUAGCCUUAUCGGUGUGUAUUACGUAACAACGUCAUGACAUACAUACAUAAUGCAAGGAUUUUCAUAUUGUUAUUUAAGAUGGGAAAGUCAUAAUAUUAAUGUAAUAUCCUGAAGGAAAAUCAAAUAAUGUAUAUAAGUCGUACUUGAAGUUACGCCAGACGCAUUUGCGACGCUUGAUUGAGUUUUUAUUUGCAUUUUAAAAAGUUUUUAUCAUUAGUUACAGCUUCAUUAUCAAAAUAAAAAGUUUUCUUUGCGAACUGUUGCUCAAACGUGCCCACCGCCAAACGCUUCAAUCAACAGGGAGAUUACUAGGGGGGAAUCCCCUGUGUCUGAUGCAGGUGUUUCCACGAACAAUGCUCAGUCGUCAGGUCAAGGUCACGGACUGAACUCCGCCGAAGAACCAUUUGGGGACGAUGGCAGGCCGCUCACAGACGUUUCGUUUAUAAGGAACAAGCCUAAACUUCUUGCCAAUAUACCGAAUCAAAACGGACAUCCGUUGAACGGUGAAUAUGUAAUAAAACCGAAUUUAGUGAAUGACCAUACUUCGAAAUCGGUUGAAGAAACGAAAGCCACGGUGAUGACGCAGGUGCUUACGAGCAUCCAGCUCGGCGUAAAGGGAAUGCUGUCGUUCGCCAUGGCUGUUCCCGGUUUCCAAGAGUUGGACAGCGAGGACCAGGCGUCGCUUCUCAAAGCGUCCAGGUUCGACAUUUGGUAUGUGGGCCACAUACGGUGCUUCAAUUGCACCCUCAUGGUAGGCGCCUGCGAUUGGGAGUUCCACGCGGAAGAGCUGGCCCAGGUCUGGGGCGCUGACCUGGUGGAGUUUAUAUUCCGGAUGUCGCGGCAAGGGAACCUACUGGACUUCAGCACGGAGGAGAUAGCCGUGCUACGUGCCGUCUGUCUCACCUUUACAGAUCGCUGCCCCACACUCAAGGAGAGGCAACGCGUGGAGCAGAUACACAUCUUCCUAUGGGACGUACUAAAGUACGUCGUCUCCCGUACGCAAAAGGACUUCAACCACUGGCUAAGCAAGACCGUUAACUUCCUGUGUCUACUGAGGGAGUUCGGUAUCAAGUUCGAAUCUGCAUCUAGUCAGCUGACAUUAGGCUGGGAAGUGCUCUCAGAUAAUCCGCUCCUUCUAUCGGCGUUCUUGGGUUAACAGAAGGAUAGCUGUAGGGGUAUCUACUUCGACGCGAAAUAACACUAUUGCGUAAUUUAUUGUUUGACAUAUGAGUUUUCUGUGAAAUGUUUGAUCACCAUCCAAAAAACAAGCAAAACAUGUUGGUCAUUUAUUAAAUUAAAUUAAUUCUCAGCAUUUUUACGAUAUGAAUAUAGCUUGUAGUGAUUUUCGGUUUUGCGUCAUUUUGUAAACGAGGUAAAUAACGAAAUUGUCAUGUAAGAUUUCAAAACAAAUGUACAUAUAAAACGCAAGCAUUGAAUGAUAAUAUUACAAUAAAGUUAAGGUAUAAUUAAAUAGACAUUUAUACUCAUCAGACAGUUUACGGAAAGCUCUUCUGUGCUCCUGUGCUACGAGUAGGUAAAUUAAAAAAAAGUAAUGUCCAUUA